AUGGAUGAAACGUUAGGCGGAAGCGUGGGAGCGCCGGUAUCCAAGCCCUCGCCUCAGCCGCAGCCCUCCAGAAAGAGGAGACACUCAUAUACGCGCGUUGCUUGCGACGAAUGCCAGCGGCGCAAGACCAAAUGCAGCGGAGAGCGCCCAUGUAAGGCCUGCAGGGAGAGCAAUCACAAUUGCCUCUAUGACCGUACUACGCGGUUUCGAAAUCGCAAUCGCGCUUCAAACACGGUAGAAAAUGAUGGCUCUUCUAUGCGCACGCAGAACCAGGGGCAAGCUGCUCCAUCUUCUCAGCCUGGUCAAGGACAUUCUCAUCCAGCAGCCACUAAUAAUGUGACUCCUGCUUCCACUGCCUCUACCAAAGCCAAUGGAUUGCGGAGCUCAGAUUACUAUCUACAGCUUGCGGAGAGGUUGUUGACCACGACGAAGCCUGCAUCCACCCAAAAGGCAAAAGCUCAAAGCCAAUAUGGGGUGCCCGUGACGUAUUUUCUGGAGAAGCUGCUUAUCCAUAGAGCGAACAACGCUCCUGGAAACGCAUUGGCUUAUGUCGAUAAUGGCCGGUGGCUUAAUAUCAUUGCACUCUAUGAGGAAGAGAUUGGCAUACAGUAUCCCUUCCUCAACCUCGAUGAGCUGAGGCGCCAAAUCACAGAGGGCGACGUGAGGAACACGAAAGAUGAUCCAUCGCGACAGCCGGCGCCGCCUCCUGGUGGCAAAGCCAGCCGUAUUCAAAUCGAGAAUAUUGCAAUCCAUGUCUUGGCUAUUAUAUCCAUUUUCGCAGAUGCCCGGACCAUCGAAAUAGCAAACCCUUGGGUUGAAGAAAUCUAUGCAGGAACAGUGGCAAGGACUCAGCUCGAUAGCACUGUCAAUGCCGCCGAUUUGUGCCUCCUCAUACUCGCCACUAUAUUUUUCUUCCUCAGCGAUCGGGAAGUUCUUGCCUGGAGAGGCAUUGGCAAUGUUUUGCGAUUACUUCAGGAAAAUAGUUCUCGAAACUCUGGAGACCUGAGUCUUCAGGACGGGGGCCAGAUUGCUGCAGCUGGUGAGAUGCUAUACUGGUGUGUCUACACGCUUGACCGGCGUUGGAGCUUCGGCACAGAGCUGCCAUUUGCAGUACACGAUACCGAGAUUGACCGCCAUCCUAUGCUGGAGGGCGACUCACUUUCUACAUGCUACGUUAUGAGUAUGGUCUCAUAUUGCCGAAUUUCAUCAGAUGUAAGGAAAUGGCUGCUGGAACCGAUAACUGGCUCCGCGUCUGAUAUGACACGCGAUUUUCUUGACUUUCGUGUUGUUCAGUGGAAGCGUAACUUACCGUCUAAUCUCCAAUACGAUACCACCAAGAAAUAUGAUCCUUCAAGAGACAACCGUGGGGAGUAUAGGAUCUGCUUACUCCUUCAUCUAAGGGCAAACCAAAUGAGAAUUAUUGUACACAGGACAUCGGCAAACCGGCUCGGAUCGAAUAGUCUUGAUCCAUCCACAGUUAAUGUUCUAGCUGAUGUUUCCCAUGAUACCAUUCGAACUCUAGUCCGCUUGGCCGAUGAGACGGACAUUUAUCAUGCACAGCACAAAACGUUCAACCACUUUCUCGAAUCUGCUCUUUCAUCAAUGCUGCUUGUGCUGGGUAGUAUUAACGACGACACAAACCGAGCCUCGUGCCUCCAAGAUGCGUUUGACGCUGUAGAGCUAAUCCAGCGACUUUCAUUAACAUCACCUGUCUCCCAACGUCUUCUAGAGCGGUUACAUAACAUUCAUGAGGCCAUGGAUAACUUUCGCGCUCGAGGUAGCAGGGCUACGUCGCAAAUUUCAUCGAGUCUCGACGGAACCACAUCACUAGUACAAUCCGCAUACAGUCCUGACCGGCCGACAGGGCUUGUGCGGCUGGAUAUGGAGGCAGGUCAAGGCAAUAGUUCUAGAGUGAACGUCCCAUUGGCAAGAACUUCUGAGCAGACACUCCCAAUUCCCACGUUAUCCGGGCGAGAUAUGGGCGAAAGAGAUCAACAUCAGCGCGGUAACCUAGGGUAUUUAGAAGCCAGCCAAGCAAUGACCUCGCCACCGCAGCCGUACCCUCACACAACAUCUGCUGGUAUUCCCACUCUUCCAUCAGAUCUACCGCAUACAAGACGUGUAUAUGAAAUGCCGGCAAAUAUCCUUAGUAUGGCCAAUGACUUGCCCUUUAUGAACUUUCCCGAGCUGGGGCAAUUUUUGGAUGAAAACCCAGUCAACUUUACAUUUUAG